AUGCCGCGCCCGGGAAAAAGUUCGUACAGCGACCAAAAGCCGCCCUACUCGUACAUCUCGCUGACCGCCAUGGCCAUCCAGCACUCGACAGAGAAGAUGCUGCCUCUGAGCGACAUCUAUAAGUUCAUCAUGGAGCGCUUCCCCUACUACCGGGAGCACACGCAGCGCUGGCAGAACAGCCUACGCCACAAUCUUUCUUUCAACGACUGCUUCAUCAAGAUCCCGCGGCGGCCCGACCAGCCCGGCAAGGGCAGCUUCUGGGCGCUGCACCCCGACUGCGGCGACAUGUUCGAGAAUGGCAGCUUCCUGCGGCGCCGCAAGCGCUUCAAAGUGCUGCGCGCGGACCACGCGCGCUUGCACGCGGGAAGCACCAAGGGCGUGCCGGGUGCCGGGCCCGGAGGGCACCUGCACCCCCACCACCCACACCAUCACCACCACCACCACCACCAUGCUGCCGCGCACCAUCACCACCACCACCCACCCCAGCCGCCCCCGCCGCCGCCGCCGCCACCACACAUGGUGCACUAUUUUCACCAGCAGCCUCCUUCAGCUCCGCAGCCACCGCCGCAUCUCGCAUCGCAGCCCCCGCAGCAGCCGUCCCAGCAGUCGCAGCCGCAGCAGCCGUCCCACCCCGGAAAGAUGCAGGAGGCGGCGGCGGUGGCCGCUGCAGCAGCGGCGGCGGCGGCGGCGGCCGUGGGCAGCGUGGGUCGCCUGUCGCAGUUCCCGCCCUACGGGCUGGGCUCGGCAGCUGCCGCAGCGGCAGCGGCCGCCGCGUCCACGUCGGGCUUCAAACACCCAUUCGCCAUCGAGAACAUCAUCGGCCGGGACUACAAGGGCGUGCUGCAGGCCGGCGGGCUGCCCUUGGCGUCCGUCAUGCACCACCUGGGUUACCCUGUGCCCGGCCAGCUCGGCAACGUCGUCAGCUCGGUGUGGCCCCACGUCGGUGUCAUGGAUUCUGUAGCCGCUGCCGCCGCUGCAGCCGCCGCUGCCGGGGUACCUGUGGGUCCGGAGUACGGGGCCUUCGGGGUGCCGGUCAAGGCCUUGUGCCACUCGGCAAGCCAGAGCCUGCCUGCUGUGCCGGUGCCCAUCAAACCCACUCCAGCGUUACCGCCGGUGGCCGCGCUGCCGCCGACGCUCACGGUCCCCGCGGCCGCGCAGCAGCCGCCCGCGGCGUCUACCAUGUGUCCAGGGGCCGCAGCCUCCUCGCCCGCCGCUUCCUUGAUGGAACCCACCGUCCCGAGCGCGGAGAGCAAGGGCAGUGCCCUGCACUCGGUGCUGGUGCACUCCUAG